AUGACGGUACGAUCAGCGGAGCAUGUGUUACAAGAACUAGCAUGGGGGAGUCCUGAGAGAUUUUGGUUAUUACAUCGAGGUGGUUUUACUCCUGCAAUGAAGUGUGGUCCAACGUAUCCAGAAACAGGAAAAUUGAGGAUUCGGUUAACCACAUCCGGCGAGGAACUUCUUGUCGACGAAGAAGACGUUGAAAAGGCCAAUCCCCCGUACCGUGACAAGGCCGAGGAACUCUCACAAUUAUGCUUUCUUAAUGAAUCUUCUGUUCUGCACACACUGAGACAACGUUACGCUAGCAAUUUAAUUCACACUUACGCGGGGGAUAGCAUGAUCAUUAUCAAUCCGGUGGCGCCAUUAGCGAUUUACUCGGAAAAGGUGGCGCAUAUGUUCAGAGGAUGCAAGAGCGAGGAUAUGCCACCACAUAUUUAUGCAAUGGCGCAAGCAGCUUACAGAGGGAUGUUAGCAACUCGGAGAGACCAUUCUUUGGUUUUUCUUGGACGCAGCGGAUCUGGCAAAACUACGAAUUUCAAACAUGCUCUUCAUUAUCUUGUAUUAGCUGCAGGCACGGUUAAUAAGGUCCUGACCAUUGAGAAACUGAAUGCCCUUUUCACAGUCCUGGAGGCUUUUGGUAAUAGUAGGACACACAUGAAUUCCAAUGCAACACGUUUUACACAACUCUUCAGUUUGGAUUUUGAUCACUCUGGACAAAUAGCGUCUGCUUCCUUGCAGGUGCUGCUUUUGGAAAAAUCUAGGAUAGGCAGAAGAGCGAAUGGGGAUCCAACUUUCCACGCAAUUUACCGUUUGCUGGCAGGGGCAGAGGGUGCUCUUAGAAAGGAAUUGCACCUUACCAAUCUAGUCGCUGAGAACAAUGCGUUCAUUACACCUCUGCAGAAACAUGAAGACAAGCAACGAGCCAUGGUCGAGUUCAAUCGAAUCGUGGCUGCUUUUAGGAUCCUCGGUGUUUCCGAGGCUGACGAGAAAGUAAUCUGGCUAGUUUUAGCCGGUAUAUAUCAUUUAAGUUGUGCCGGCGCGGUUAAGGCUGGUACCAGCUCGCAAAGUCGUUGGCAAUUCGCUAGAGUAGAAUGUGCAGAGAAAGCUGCCACGUUAUUAGGUACUACUGUCGAGGAAUUGAGCAGAAUAGUGUUUUCUUCGAAUGGAGGUGGUGCUGGUACACCGAGCACUCCGAGACCUGCCUUACGUACACCUAGCCCUACGGAGCAGAAUAAAGAUGUUGUAGUUCUAGAUGCUCUCGAAGGGCUUCUCAUCGGACUGUAUUCUGAAGUGUUCCAUUGUGUAGCUGCUCUGAUAAAUAGAUCCAUAUCAUCUUCUUUACAUACAGUGUCAUCUUUGUUACUUUGUGACUCGCCAGGUUUUCAAAAUCCAGCCUCUUGUGGUCGACAGACUGGAGCUUGUUUCGAAGACCUGUGUCAUAAUUAUUUACAAGAACGAUUGCAGCUGCUGUUUCAUCAUACGACCUUGGUGGCGCCAAAGGACAGGUACAUCCAAGAAGGAUUUGGUGAUUACGAAUUUUACUAUGAUGACGGUAUUGGAACACCUCAGGCUUUAAUUUCACUAUUAGAUCGUGGAAGUUCACAAAGUGCAACGAUGUUGCGAACUAGCCAAAGUGACCUUAGCGGAAGUAGGCAGAUAGAACGAAAGGGUCUUCUGUGGUUACUAGACGAAGAAACAGUAUGUCCUGGAGGUAGCGACGAGACAUUUUUGGAUCGAUUGUUUUCUCAUUAUGGAGAUCGAGAUCAUCAAAUACUCCUAAGAAAGGCACCUGGAAACAAUCAAUUUGUCUUGCAACACUUGUUGGGUACUAAUCCUGUACUCUACACAGCUACAGGGUGGCUUAAAGCAACGCGAGAAAAUCCUGUUACUAAAAGUGCCAUUACAAUACUUCAAGAAAGUACGAGGGAAGACGUCAGCAUGCUGUUCGUUAGCGCUCGUGGAGCUGGAGUUUCUGGAACUUUAUGCAGUUCCAUGCCUGGCUUGGAAGGUUCACAGUCUUUAAGAAAAGCUUCUAGUAUACGACGAACAUUUACCGCUGUGAAAAGAAAAAAUAUCUGCCUCCAGGUGAAAUUUACCGUUGAUGGCCUGAUUGAAACUUUACGAAGAACUCGAGUCAAAUUCGUCCAUUGUAUAUUGCCACAACACAAUGCCGGGUGUACCGACAAUAAAAGCUUAUUGUCAGUAAAAUCAAAUCAAAGCGAAGACAACGUUAUCAAUGUACCUCUUCUACGAUCACAGAUUCGUGGAUGUCAAAUAAUCGAUGCUGUUCGGUUGCACAAAUUCGGAUUUCCUAAGCACAUGGCCUUAGGUGAAUUCAGAAGACGUUUCUCCUUACUGUCAAGUGAUGUAAACACACGGCCAGGUAGUCCAGUAGCCGAUGAACGUCGUGCUGUGGAAGAUAUGAUGCUCUCCGUCGAUGUCGACGUACCCUCGUAUCGAGUUGGUCAAAGCCAAAUAUUUUUCAGACCCGGUAUCCUGGAGCGACUAGAAGAUCAAAGAGACGAGAAGCUAACUGGACACAUUACUCUUCUUCAAGCAAGGUGUAGGGGUUAUCUGGCACGUCGUAAACUGAACACUCUGAAAUUGCAAGAUCUUGCAGUUAGGUGCAUACAGAGGAACGUUAGGAAGUGGAUGUCCGUAAGAGAAUGGCCAUGGUGGAGAUUAUACGUGAAAGUUGCACCUUUAUUGAACGUUCAUCGGACCGAGGAUCAGUUAAAGGCGAAGACGGAGGAACUCGAGAUUCUCAGGGCGAAGGUGGAAAGGUUGGAGCAGGAGCGGAAUCAUCUGAAACAUGACAACGAUAAGUUGGAAGCCAAGUUGAGCGAAAUGACCGCGGAUUUCGCAGAAGAGCACUCAACGUCGACGCUGGCGGCUGAGAGGAUCGACGCCGAGACGUCCGAACGAUUGCGGCUCGAACGAGAGCUCCAAGAUGUGACCGAGGAGAACAAGAACCUCCAGCAGACCACAGAACGUCUAGAGAUGGAACUUUUGUACGCAAGGGCUGCAGAUUUGAACAGCGUGGUGUCCGACGUCGAGGACGGCGAAGACGGUGGUGUCUACAAACAGAGGUACGAGCAUGCCGUGAGAGAGCUCGAGUUCACGAAAAGAAAGAUGGCACAGCAACACGAGGACGAUCUCGAGCAGCUAGUGGGACUUAAAAAGCAACUGGAGAAAAAGUUAGCUGAUGCUUACGAAGAGGUCGAAGAACAGCGUCAAGUUGUUGGGCAAUGGAAACGACGGGUGCAAAAACUGAAUGGCGAAAUGCACGACUUGAGAUUAUUGUUAGAGGAACAAACUGCUAGAAACAAUCUGCUGGAGAAAAAGCAGCGCAAAUUCGACUCGGAAACUCAGAAUCUGAUGAACGAUCUACGACAAGAAAAAGCGCAACGCGAAAGGUUGGCCAGAGAAAAAGAAAUUGCAAUUGCGGAGAAGUUUACCAUAGAACAGAACCUUAGUGACGCAAGAUUGGAGAUCGAUUUAAAAGAAGAAAGACUGCGAACGCUGAGCCAAGAGCUCGAGGAAUUGACAUUCAGCGGGAAGACCGAGGAAGAAGUGGCGCAGUUGAAGAAGGCGAAGCACGAGCUGGAAAAGAGAACGAAGGACCAAGAAGAGGAGCUGGAUGACCUUGCUGGUCAGGUGCAGCUACUCGAGCAGGCAAAACUGAGGCUUGAAAUGAGCAUCGAACAGCAACGCAAGGAAAUGCGGAAAGAGAUGCAACAGCGAGACGAGGAACUGGAAGAUAUGCGUGGUAACGCAUUGAAAAAAGUGAAAGCUUUGGAGUCACAACUAGAAAAUGAACACGAGGAGAGAACGAUACUGCUUCGAGAGAAACACGAGUUGGAACGUCGUUUGGUGGCCAUCGAGGAACAAGAUCGAACUGAACGCGCAGUAGAAGCUGAAACCAUGCACAGGCUGAAGAGAGACCUGAAGAGGACUAAAGCUCUCCUGAGAGACGCUCAAACAAUGUUGGAGAGAUCGAAGGGCGACUCGACGGGCAAAGCAGCAUUACGACAAUUAAAGAACCAAUUGGAGGAUGCAGAAUGCGCAAGAGCGGCCGCUGUUAAAGCGAAGCAAGCACUGGAGCAGGAAUUGAACGAGACGCAAGCUACGCUGGAAGAAGCUCUGCGGCAACGUUCCGAAGCUGAAGAACGUGCUAAUGUAGCCACUCGUGAACGAACCGAGCUACUGUCACAGUUGGAAGAAAACGAAGAAGAAUUAGCAGAAGUCCUGAAGAAAUAUCGGGCGGCUGUACAGCAAGUGUCGGCGGAACAGGGACAGUUGCAGGAAGCACAGGUGCAAAUUGCUAUGUUGGAUGCAGAAAAGGCCUCGUUGAAGGAUCAACUUUCAGAACUGUCGCAACGGCUCGAAUCAGUCGAGCAACUCGGGGAUCCCACUGCAAACAGCCUCGCUACACGUCGACUUGAGUUUCGCGCCAAGGAGCUCGAAAGUAAACUCGAGUUGGAACAAACUACGAGAGCGCGUUUAGAGACUCAGAUAGCAAGACUGAAAGAAAAUGUGGAAAAACUGCAAACUGAGACAGCACUGCUGCGAACGAAGGAACAGAGCGCACAGGACGCCGCGAGAAGAUUACAGAGAUCAUUGCGUGAGGCAAAAGAAGAAGCUAGCUCGGCGCAGGCACGUGAACAAGAGUCUACACGGGCUCGUCGCGAAUUAGAAAAGUCCCUUGAAGCUACUGAAGCAGAGACAAAAGUCGCCAGAGACGAUCUUAGGUUGGCGCUUCAAAGAAUCGACGAUCUACAAAGCGCCAUUCAGGGCGAACUAGACUUGGAUUGCAGCGAGGAGGGAACAACGGAAAACAGUGAUAGUGAUUGAUGUGAACAAUUGUCGGACACAGAGUCCGACGAAAGCAAAGAUAAGGUAUCGACUGAUCAACGCGUAGCCGAGGAACUCGCUGAUGAAUUGUCAUUUAUCGAAUCAUCAAUGGACACUUGAUUGACGGAGCUGAGAGGAAACUAGUAUGCAAGGAAAAAAUAACAACAAAAAUGAUGUCAAAAAUGAAACAAAAAAAAAAGGAUGUACUAAUUCAAAGUCCCUAGAUUUAAUUUCUCACUAUGAAUGUCGUCACAACUGUCGGUCACAUCGAACUUUUACUACAGCGAAUCAAAAUUGAAGGCUGAAAAUCAAACCAAUAAGUACUUACAUUAUACAGUCUUGAUCCGUAAUAAGCAACUGUUCUCUGGCUCGUAAUAAGCAACUCGCUAUUCCUUCUUUAUUCGAACUCGCCCGCCGAGUGAGAAAUCCGAGAAUAAGUGAGAGGUCCGUGAAA